CUGAAGGACUCGACUCGUCCAGAGGGAUUUGCAACGAGAGGCUCAUAACUCAAGACAGGACUAACAGGAAACUCGUAUGAAGGUACACAAAGCAGAAGCUACGAUGGAGCAUCAUGUCACACAGAUUUCCAGAGAUGACCUGGAAGAUCUCAGGGAUGCCUUUAAUAAAAUUGAUAUCGAUAACAGCGGCUUCGUGAGCGAUUUUGAGCUCCAGGAGCUCUUUAGAGAGGCCAGUUUCUCCCUGCCGGGGUACAAAGUGCGACAGAUCGCCGAGACCUUCCUCGCUGGAGACACCAACAAGGACGAGAAGAUCAGCUUUGAGGAAUUUGUUUCUAUCUAUCAAGAACUGAAAGGCAAGGAGUUCAGUGAGACGUUUAGGAAAAUCAUCACGAGGAGAGAUGGGAUCCGUUCUUUCGGAGGAAUGUCAGGAAACUCCAGCGAGGGAACGCAGCACUCCUACUCUGAUGAGGAGAAGGUGGCUUUUGUCAACUGGAUUAACAAAGCCCUGGCAAAAGACGAAGACUGCAAACACUUGCUGCCCAUGAACCCGGACGAUGAAAGUCUCUUCGCCUCUGUCCGUGAUGGCAUCCUGUUAUGCAAAAUGAUCAACCUGUCUCAGCCUGACACGAUUGACGAAAGAGUCAUCAACACUAAGAAACUUGCCACUUUCAAAAUGACAGAAAAUCUGGUCCUGGCACUGAACUCAGCUUCAGCGAUCGGCUGUACGGUGGUGAGCAUUGACGCCCAUGGUCUGAUGGCUGGGAAACCCCAUCUGGUCCUUGGCCUGCUCUGGCAGAUUAUCAAGGUCGGCCUCUUCGCUGAUAUAGAAAUCAGCAGGAACGAAGCUCUGAUUAGCCUUCUGACGGAUAGGGAGGAUCUGGACCACCUGAUGUCUCUCUCACCUGAGGACCUGCUGCUCCGCUGGGUCAACUAUCAUCUACGCAACGCAGGAACAAAAACCAUCAGCAACUUCAGUGAAGAUAUUAAGGACUCGCGGGCCUACUUCUACCUGUUGGACCAGAUUGCUCUCCAGGAAGCGAACAACUACAAAAUGAACGUCAAAAUCGACAUGAGCGACCUAAAUGAGCGUGAUUUGGAACGAAGGGCUGAGCUGAUGCUGCGACAGGCGGCCCGGCUGGACUGCAGACAGUUUGUGACUCCUCAUGAUGUCACAUCUGGGAACAGCAAACUCAACAUGGCCUUUGUAGCCAACCUGUACAACAUGCAUCCAGGACUGCAGAAGGCUCAGAUGAACGGCAAUGGCAUAGAAACUGCACACAUAGAGCCUGAGUCCAACGAAGAGAAAACAUUUAGAAACUGGAUGAACUCUCUGGGCGUCUCUCCGUAUGUCAACCACCUGUACUGUGACCUGUGUGAUGGUUUGAUCAUCAUGCAGCUUUAUGAGAAGGUCAAUGUGCCUGUGAACUGGAAGAAAGUCAACAACCCACCUUACCCUCUCCUGGGGGGCAAUAUGAAGAAGCUGGAGAACUGUAACUAUGCUGUGGAGCUGGGCAGGGAUGUAGCUCACUUCUCUCUCGUCGGCAUCGGAGGAGUAAACCUGAACGAGGGGAGCCGAAUGCACACCCUGGCGCUGGUGUGGCAGCUGAUGAGGAAGCACACAGUGAUGGUUUUGUCAGAUCUGGGUGGUGGAGAGAAGGUUGGAGAUCAGAGCAUCCUCAACUGGGUCAACACCACCUUGAGCCAGAAACGAAAGGACUCACAGAUCAGCAGCUUCAAGGACAAACGGAUCAGCACCAGUUUGCCAGUGAUUGACCUGAUCGACGCCAUCGCUCCCGGUACCAUCAAGUGGGACAUGGUUAAGAGACCAGAGAGAGGAUGGCUGAAGGAUGCCGACAAACUCAACAACGCAAAGUAUGCGAUCUCAUUGGCUCGUAAGAUCGGAGCUCGUGUCUACACGCAGCCUGAUGAUUUGUUGGAAGUGAAUCCCAAGAUGGUGAUGACGCUGUUCGCCUCUAUCAUGGCCCACGAUUCGGAAAAAAAGACCAAGCGCUGAAACAGAAAGGAAAAGGAACCAACCACCAGGAAACCAACAACCAAUAUACAUUUCAUUGAUGUGCGCUUUUCAUUUCUUUCCCCCCAUUUUUUCCUCUUCAAUAUUUUUCUUCUUUGACCUUUAACCUUUCUGUGAUCAGACCAAGACACUCUUUGUUAUUCUUUGUUUCUCUUUUCUUGCAAACAAUAAGCUUAACUAAAGUUGAAAAUCAUUUAUCAUCAGCAUUAGCAUUUGUAUUUUGUCUGUGAUUUUACAGAACAAGCUCCUAAUUGUUCUUUUCUGUAUCAUAUUUGAUAGUGUAUUACAUCGGUUUACUUAUUCUGCUAUAUGAACAGAAAAAUAUAUACAGCAGAAGGAAAAACAGAAUCAUACACACAUCUAUCCUUUGUGUCUGUAAAUGUUGUGCAUUGAAUAUUGCUAUUUAAUUAUUAAAGAGAAUCUAUUAAAUGUA